CUUGUGGCACUUUUUUUGCAGCUGCGACUCUCAUUUCCAUUAUGACCAAUAACGAAUCAGAGCCCGCUGGCUCGAGUCGAGCAAGCGGUGGCGCUUCAACAUCUUCUACCACCAAGGUGGAGAUAACCGAAAAAGUUCGAGUUCUUUGCCUGCACGGAUACCGGCAAGAUGCGGAUUCAUUUAAAAAUAAACUGGGUUCGUUUCGCAAAUUCGCUGGUAAAUAUGCCGAGUUUGUGUUUAUCUCGGCACCCCACGUAGCAGCGCCCCUGGACCCAUCGGCAGAGCCAGUGGAGCAGCAGCGCAGUUGGUGGGCCAACAAAGAUGAUGGUACAUUCAAAGGCACCAACAGAAGCGGCCCGGCAUACGGGUUUCAAGAGAGCUUACGCAGCGUCGAAAACGUUUGGAAGACACAGGGCCCCUUUCAGGGACUUCUGGGCUUCUCGCAAGGUGCCUGCUUUGUGGGACUGAUAUGUGGGCUGGCCAAAAAGAAAUUGACCUCCAUUCGACCUGAAUUCGCUGUGCUCAGCUCUGGCUUUAUAUCUGGCAGUCUGGUUCAUAUGAGCGCGUACGAGGAACGGAUCACUAUUCCCACUUUACACAUCUAUGGCUUGACAGAUGAAAUCAUUCCCAAAGAGAUGAGCGAAUCGCUAGCUGCUCACUUCAGGAAUGUGGAAGUGCUUGAGCAUAGUGGCGGCCACUAUUUUCCGGCUACGGCACAGCAGAAACAGACUUACAUCAACUUCUUCCAGGAUAGGCUGCAAGAGUAUUUGGAGCACUUGGAACUGCAGCAGAGCAGCAACGCCUCCUUUAUCGAUAGCGCCGAGGAGGACGAUGGAGCCGCGACAGAUGCUAAUGAUGCAGAAGUCGCCGCUGUUACAGCAGCCGCCGGCUCGGGAAUGGAUGAUAGUGAUUAGUGA